AUGGGUUCUUAUUUCAAGAUUUCUCUAGUUACAAUAGCAAUCACUCUUUUGCUGGUGCCUUUUACUUUAGAAGCUCACCAAAGUGGAGUUGAGAAUGUUGGUUCAAAAUUGGAGUCACCAAGAAUUGGUCAAAGAGGUUCAAUUUCUCAAGAGGUUUCUACUCACAUGAAGAAUUCUUGGUCAAGAUGGAGCCAAAAGGAAGUUGUUCCAUCUGGUCCAAACCCUAAACAUAAUGGCAGAAAUCUGCUAGAAAAUCCGCCAAGAUGGGGCCAAAAAGAAAAUGUUCAAUCUGGUCCAAACCCUAAACAUAAUAGUAAAAUCCCGCCAAGAUGGGGCCAAAAGGAAAAUGUUCCAUCCGGUCCAAACCCUAAACAUAAUAGUAAAAUCCCGCCAAGAUGGGGCCAAAAAGAAAAUGUUCCAUCCGGUCCAAACCCUAAACAUAAUAGUAAAAUCCCGCCAAGAUGGGGCCAAAAGGAAAAUGUUCCAUCCGGUCCAAACCCUAAACAUAAUAGUAAAAUCCCGCCAAGAUGGGGCCAAAAAGAAAAUGUUCCAUCCGGUCCAAACCCUAAACAUAAUAGUAAAAUCCCGCCAAGAUGGGGCCAAAAAGAAAAUGUUCCAUCCGGUCCAAACCCUAAACAUAAUAGUAAAAUCUCGCCAAGAUGGGGCCAAAAAGAGACUCUUUCAUCUGGUUCAAAGCCUUUACACAAUAGCAAAAAUCCACCAAAUUCUCCACCAUAA